UAUUUGAGAAAAUAAGUAAAAUAUAGUGCAAAAAGUGAAAAUAUCUAAAUAACACAGCAUUAUGUUGUAAUUUUACUGAAAUUGAAUUUCUCUGCGUUGAUCUCGGAUUUUCUUUUCUCGGAAAAUUGGGAGACAAAUCAAGUCAAAAUCAAGCCAAACAACAUGGAGAUUUGUCCUACUGUGAAAAAUAUACUGCUAUUGGAUUCUGACGGCAAACGAGUCGCUGUUAAGUACUAUUGUGAUGAUUGGCCUACAAAUAGUGCUAAAGAAGCUUUUGAGAGAGCUGUUUUUAGCAAGACUCACAAGGCUAACGCUCGCACCGAAGCUGAGAUAACACUGCUUGAGAAUACUGUGGUUGUUUACAAGUUCGUUCAAGACCUUCAUUUUUUUGUCACUGGUAGUGAAGAUGAGAAUGAACUCAUCUUAUUCCAAGUUCUUCAGGGUUUUUUUGAUGCAGUUGGCUUACUCCUAAGUGGCAAUGUGGAUAAGCAAGAGGCACUUCAGCAUUUAGAUGUCAUUCUCUUAUGCUUUGAUGAAAUUAUUGACGGAGGUCUUAUUCUGGAAAUUGAUGCAAAUGUCAUUGCUGGGAAGGUAGCAAGUAACAGUAUUGACUCUGGAGCUCCAUUGUCUGAGCAGACACUAACUCAAGCGCUGGCCACCGCACGUGAACAUCUGACUCGGUCCCUUCUCAAAUGAAUACUUGCAGCAGCAAAAAAGAGUUUAUAUACCUCUAGUUUUAGAUUGUGCAAUAUUACAUUCACAGAUGAUUCAUUCUAUAUGGGCUUAGGAAAAUUAUGAUCCACGUUGAUUGCCAUAAGAAAUCAUGAACUUGUUAAAUGUAAAUAUUUGACUUGUGAACAAAAGGGUCGACAAACGUGAGUAUAACUUGGCCUCUGUGGGCGGAAGUUGUGGAUGAUCAUAUAUCAAAUGCUCAUUCCGUUCCA